AUGGGCGCGAUGCUGUGCCGGCGCCGCGCGCGCGAGGACGCCGUCGCGGAGCAGAUGGACGCCGCGCGCGCGGGCGACGCCGCCGCCGCGCGAUUGGUCGCGCUCCGACUCGGCCCGCGCUCGAGACUCGGCCUCGACCACGCCUUCCUGGCUGUGAAGCUCGGGGACGCGUCGACGACGCGCGAGCUCGCGCUUCUCCUCGCGCGCGACGCGCGACGCGUCGGCGCGCCCGACGCCGACGACGGCGUCGUCCUGACGCGAAUGUCGCGGACGCUCCUCGCGAGAGCCGCGGAGUUCGGCGACGCGGACGCGGCGUGGAGGCUCGGGGACGUGCGAGCCGCCGCGCGCGCGGGGCACGUGAAAGCGCUCGAAACGAGACACCCAGGCCUGACGCACUUGUGCCACCCGCUCGUGUGCGAGUGCGCGCGACUGCGUCACGACGGCGCGUUCGGGAUGCCGCCGGGGAGCGGAAGGACGUAG